GAAGAAUUGAGCACCCCAAUCCGUAGCCAUUUUGGCUCAAGUAUAUCGGAAUCAGAUCAAUCAAUCGAAAUCGUAAAGAUCUCAUCCAGUCCAGCCCACGCUUUUCGCUUAUGAACGUGCGUCUGUUGUUGAUUCUGUAUUGGAUCGGUUGGAUAGCAGUCGUCGUGGUUAUUGACCCACGGGCCUUUGUACAUGGAUCCAUGGUGUUGCACGCUGCAUCGGCAGCACAGUCUCCUGAAUAUCACUCUUCGCAGCCAGCGCCGUCACAGUCGCUUCUGGAACAGACAACGACUCCACGAUCCUAUUCACAGCCAGCCUUGCCAAAGCCGACUCAUGAGCAGACUACGACUCAGCAAGCCAGCGGCCAGUCGCAUACUUUCCAGCAGCUCACCGAAGCAGGCAAGAGUGGCCCUGUUGUUGGUGGCCCCGUGGAGCUGCACGAGGUAGCCCAGCAAAUCGUGAAAUCUGGCUGGCAGCUGCUGAACUUGUCUGCCCAAGCUGUUCAACUUGUGCUGAAUGCAGUCCCCAUUGAUCUUGAACGGCAGCCAGAGCCGCGUGCAAGAGUGUAUUCCUUAGGCUCCUCGGAAGGCAGGCUACACUUACCGCCCGUCGAGUAUAGCUUGAUCGUCAAUAUGCAUAACCGGUAUAAAAGGCUUGUGACUGUCCUGGCUUCUUAUUUGAUCACCGCGAGAGGGUCUUACGAACUACUUGCAUUUUGCGAUGGCUGCAACGCGAAAACUUUGCAACGAGCCGAGGAAACCUUCGAUACUUACCUGCCGAUUGUCUGGAACGGGAGCGCCACGGCGUGCAGCCCGGAAUUUCUCAAGAAGGUCGCCGGGCACGUGAAGCGUGGGAAGUCGGACCAGCGCUUUUGGAAGCCUGUACGCGAGAUGUGUUUCGCCACUUGCGGCGACUCAUUCUUUCGCCGGUGCGGAUCACUGCGGCGGGUGGUGCUGGUCGAUCAGCCGUCCGCGAUAUUCGAGACUGCUUCAAACAACAGAGGUGCAGUCUUGGCCGAGGGACAGUUCCUAAUCAUCAUGCAAGACGACUGGGUAAUGACCCAGAUCGGAUGGAAUGUCCACAUGUCGCUUCCCGCGCGCCUAUAUGACGACGUCUUCGGCAUAUCCGGCAACUGCGCGCACGGAUGGCAUGAUCUUCCGAGCACCAGUGUGGGCCGGUGUGCGGAUUUGGAGAGGGCUCGACCGCUCGAUCCAAGAUUGGUGAACAAGUCGGGCACCUUCUUCGUGCGGCCGACGGGGAACAGGGGCCCUCUCCUGUACAACGCCAGCAAGUUCAGGCAGAUGGGUUAUCUGAAUGAGCUGCACUUCCUAAUGGAUAAAGAUGAGCACACGCUUCACGCCUUGGCUGUGCGGUCGCAAGGCUGGGUCUCGGGUUAUGUGCCCUUGCAGAUGAUAGUCCUCGGGGAGGCGGGGCGCUUGGACUCGGACAGUGUCGACUUCCACCAGGACAAUGGGUUCAAGACAAGGGAGGCGGAGAAGGAGUACAAGCAGUGGAGAAAAGAUCGGGGGAAAACAGCGAAGUUUCGGCAGCCUGCGAAGGGCUCGCGUGGGAUGCCUACCGACCUCGGGGGAGAGCGGAAUCUCAGUAUUGGUUGGUUCUCUUUUGAUAGUUGCGCCACAUAGCAGAAAACAAGCUUCCGUGAGUUGCUUCCUCUUGAGGCAAAGUUCGCAUUGCUAGAGCACCCCUGGGUGCGUCGUGAGGCAACGUCGGGCCAUCUUGGCGACCCUCAUGGCCUUCCUGCUGGGUCGCUUUGGACGCCUUGAAGUGCCGUGUAGGCAUCGGGUCUAGGAAGCUUCAGAAGAGCACGCGAAG